CUGGGUUCAAUUUCGUUUCUUAACUUCUUGCCCUUCCUUUUCUUUAAAAAAAAGAAGACCAUGCCGGAUUUCACUCAUGUCUUUCCAGCAGAAACCGUUACCGAUAUUUUCUCAUAUCUGGACCAAAAGGAGUGUAUUGAAUGCAUGGAAGUAUGUCGUCGCUGGUAUGAUUUGAUACCUUCGUUUACCACGCGCGUCUGGCAUCAGCUCAAAGUUUCCUCGUCUUCCGCCGGUUACGACAAUGACGGCAAUGCUAUUUCGUGCUGCUGGCUGCAAAGUAACAUUGCAUUAUUACAAUGUCUUGGUCCGCACGUCAAAGACGUUUCUAUUUGCUUUCAAGAUACACGCAGCGUUUUGGAACGGCUAUAUACACAGAGGUGCGAGAUAAAAUGUCUCGAGAUAAAUAACCACAAGCCUACAUUGAAACGGAACAAACGACCUACCACCAACGAUAGCAUCAGAUUACCAGUUGUUAUUACAUUAUUUGCUCCCACGUUGACCCAGUUAUCUAUCACCUCUCAUCCUUGCGACGUUUCGUUGACGAUGCUACUCGAUACCCUACCGGCAUUGACACAUCUUUCCGUAACAUUUAACAACAGCGGCUACCAAAACCUGUCUAAUACCGAGGUGGGUCAACGCAAGAGGAGAAGGAGUAGUUUUGGUGUACUUUCUUCUGCGGCAACGCUCGACAACAACAACAACAACAGUAAUACCCACCUGGUUUAUUUGCAUCUGGACAAUGCUCUGAAUUUUGACACCCGAAUCCAACCAAUUCUCCACCGCUGUCCAGAACUCCAGUAUUUGCUGAUAACGUCCGACGUUAGCAGAUUCACUUUAUCCAAUCCGCCAUCGAACAACAUCCAUGUCGUUUUCAACCUUUGUCCACGUGUACAUCAUAUCAUUUUCAACGUUCACGUCGAUCCAGAGGAAAAAUUAGCGGAAAAGUGGCUAUUGCAAUCGCAAAAGAACCCCAAUAACAGCAAUGCUACAGUUGAUAAUGGCACCGAUAACGACAGGAAAAAGAAGAAAAUCAUAAUCGACCGACGACGACGACAACAGCAACAACUAGAACAGCAACAGCAGCCGGGCACCGUACGUCAACUUCUAUACCGUGGAGAAGAUCAAGAAGAACUGAACGCGAUAUUCCCAAUACUCGAAAAGUCACGACUCUGGUUGGAAGAUUUACAUCUCGAAAGCUGGGAGGCACGUUUAACGGGUUUCCUAGCCAUGGCUCAUGCCCACUUCUACUUUCCGCAACUAGUGUCAUUGGAAAUAUUUGGAAUUGAUAUGACUGGUCCGGAGUGGGUUCAGAUUCUCCAAAGCCAUCCGCAGAUCGAGAGUCUGGGAAUGGAGCUGUGGUUUGACGAAUUAGAAGAGCUCGAUAACGUUGUCGAGGCUAUCAGCACCUUAAAACGGUUACAGCGGAUUGACCUGUAUUGGACAAACAACUACUCAGGUUACCGAGGUACUUGCAGCAAACUUGACUUGCUUCACAACACGGAGCUGCAAAUUGUGAAUCUUUCUGGCAUACCCCUUUCGGAUCAAGGCUUGCUCCAUCAUUCCUCUCAUUUGUAAAAACCACGCAUUUUUAUAUUAAAUAAAUAAUAAUUGCUUAAAU